UGAAUUUUACUUGAGAUGCAGGGGUCACUGAAACAUUAGCCCAUCUAUUUCUGGGCUUCCCCAGUAGUGCUCUUUCCUUUCUGGCCAUCCUGUCUUGACUCAGGGAAACAGUGGUUGUAUGUCGCCCAUUCUGCACUGUCCUCCUCGCGACCUUGGAAAUGAGGCAUGCGCCGCGCUGUCACUGUAUUCGGCACAGGGCUCCUGUGGAUCGUUGGGGCCAAGGCCUCUGCGGGGAUCCAUCCAGCAUGAAGGCUACAGUGUUAGUUGCAGGAAUUAACUGAGCGUGGCGUUAUCAUGUGGAAGGCUAGGACUCUGUCUUUGGGGGAGAAUGAGGGGUGCCCAGACAGUGUCCGAGGGCUCCAGCGUGGUGGUAUCAGCACGUUCUUUUGCAGACUUCACACCUCAGGCCAGCUUUGACAUCAAGAGGUGUGACCUCCAUCGCUUGGACGAAGGCCCUUCGGUGCAGACGGUGCUCACCAGAGAGGAUGGACUCAGGUACUACCGCACUAUGCAGACCAUGAGACGCAUGGAGCUGAAGGCGGAUCAGCUCUACAAGGAAAAGAUCAUACGAGGCUUCUGUCACCUGUAUGAUGGCCAGGAAGCAUGUGCUGUUGGCAUUGAGGCUGGUAUCAGUCCCAUGGAUCAUGUGAUCACGGCAUAUAGGGCUCAUGGUUACACCUACACCAGAGGUGUGCCUGUGAAAGAGAUCAUGGCAGAGCUCACAGGCCGAAGGGGUGGUGUUGCCAAAGGGAAGGGUGGCUCUAUGCACAUGUAUGCCAAGAAUUUCUAUGGCGGGAAUGGUAUUGUUGGCGCCCAGGUUCCUCUUGGGGCCGGUGUGGCCUUGGCAUGCCAGUAUCAGGGUAAAAACCAGGUUUGUGUUACUCUGUAUGGGGACGGCGCUGCUAACCAGGGCCAGAUCUUUGAGUCAUUUAACAUGGCAGCUUUGUGGAAACUCCCCUGCAUUUUCAUCUGUGAGAAUAACAAAUAUGGCAUGGGGACAUCAGUGGAACGGGCCUCCGCCAGUACAGACUAUUACAAGAGAGGAGACUACAUUCCUGGCCUGAGGGUGGAUGGUAUGGAUGUUCUAGGUGUGCGAGAGGCAACCAGGUUUGCAGCUGAUUUUUGCAGAUCUGGAAAGGGUCCCAUACUAAUGGAGCUUCAGACAUAUCGUUACCAUGGCCACAGCAUGAGCGAUCCUGGGGUCAGUUAUCGCACACGUGAAGAGAUCCAGGAAGUUCGCAGUAAGAGUGACCCCAUCUCUAUGCUGAAGGACCGCAUGAUUAGUAGCAACAUGACUAGGGUGGAGGAGAUCAAGGACAUUGAUGCAGAGAUUCGUAAGGAGAUAGAAGAAGCAGCUCAGUUUGCUACCUCUGAUCCAGAGCCCCCGCUGGAGGAUUUGUGCAACCACAUCUACUACAAUGAUGCACCCUUAGAGGUCAGAGGCACCAACCCCUGGACGAGGCUGAAAUCCAUGAGCUAAAGAACCUGCUGACGAUUCAGCACUUCAGGAGCUCUGUUCCUAAACCUAUACGCACAAAAAGAUGGAUGAAACUUGUGUUAUCCAUAUAUUCAUAGAUACAUUCCAAAACAGCUGUUACUUAGCAAUUAGUUUUGCAGACUGUUCAUUUAUUUAUAUAUUUAAUUUAACUAAGAAUGGAAUUAAUAAAUAUGUAAUAACUUGACAUAUAUUUGCGUCAGUAUUUGA